CCAGUUUGCGUCGGUACUCUGCAUUUUGAGAAGAUUGAUGGGGCCGUCCACUUGCCUGCUUCUGCAUAACAAUCAAAAUAGUAAUAGAGGAUGACAGUUAUUAAUUAUUACUGUGCAUUAAUGUACUUUAGUACUAUGUAUGUGUAUUGUUGUAACAAUAUGUACCUCUGCAGAUGUGCGUCGCCGGCUAGAGCUUUUUUCAGUUACAGUGGUAGAAGUGUUAGACCCAGACAAGAGUUUUCCAUCCUUGAUGCUGUUGUUAUCAUGAAGGUUACGCGAAGAUCUAUAGCGUAUGCACCCAUAAGCUUAAUAAGUUUUGUUGUUUUUCUAUUUAUUUUCUCGGACCAGGGCUAAGGCUUACUUUGUCUGCCGUAAUGAUGGCUGAUCG